CGCAGCCCCAGCUCCUCCCUCUCGCUAUUUAUUCCUCCCCGGAGCUGCUGGGGCUGAAUCACCUCGAGCCGAGCAGGGAAGGAGCUCCCGGCCGGUUCCACAGCCAUGGCCAGGCUCCUGCUCACCUGCCUCUUGGUGGUCCUGCUCCUCGGCAUCUGCACCGACGUCGCCUUCUCCAAGAAGGGCAAAGGCAAACCCGGCGGGGGCACGUGGGGCACGGGGAGCCACCGCCAGCCCAGCUACCCCCGCCAGCCCGGCUACCCCCACAACCCGGGCUACCCCCACAACCCCGGCUACCCACACAACCCCGGCUACCCACACAACCCGGGCUACCCCCACAACCCUGGCUACCCAGGCUGGGGCCAGGGCUACAACCCCUCCAGCGGGGGCAGCUACCACAACCAGAAGCCGUGGAAAGCUCCCAAACCCAAGACCAACUUCAAGCACGUGGCGGGGGCGGCGGCGGCGGGCGCCGUGGUGGGGGGGCUGGGGGGCUACGCCAUGGGCAAGGCCAUGUCGGGGAUGCACUAUCGCUUCGACAGCCCCGACGAGUACCGCUGGUGGAACGAGAACUCGGCGCGUUACCCCAACCAGGUGUAUUACCGCGACUACGGCGGCUACGUCCCGCAGGACGUCUUCGUGGCCGACUGCUUCAACAUCACCGUCACCGAGCACAGCAUCGGCCCCGCCGCCAAGAAGAACGCCUCGGACGCGGGGCAGGCCGUGAACCAGACGGAGGUGGAGCUGGAGAACAGGGUGGUGACCAAGGUGAUCCGGGAGAUGUGCAUCCAGCAGUACCGCGAGUACCGCCUGGCCAACGGCAUCCGGCUGCACCUCGCCGACGCCUCACUCGCCGCCCUCCUGCUCCUCGUCCUCUUCGCCAUGCACUGAUGGAUCCCGGGAUCCCACGGCUUUGAGAUGUCACCCGUGGCCCCGUGGGGACCCCCCACCCUCCCCGUUCUUGCUUGCGGUCAUCGUCGGUGAAGAGCCCUUGGGGCGCGCGGGCGCUGGCGC